AUGCACCUUGGGUGGUCAAGCGCUAGAGUCCCGGUUCCUUUCAGCAUCUUCCCGAGUUCAUACCGGGAGGCCGACCAAGAGAAGCCGGCUGCGGCUACCACCACCACCCAGCACACCCACGAGGAAGUAGAGAUCAAGAUCCCCCAGAAGCCCGGACAGGAAGGUCAUUACUCUUCGUCAAAUAUUACCGUGAACGCUGCCGAUCGUCCCGUUCGUCACGAAGAGCAUCGUCACGAAGAGCAGAUCCGUAUCAGCCGUGAAGAGGAUUACCGCCGUCCCGGUUACCGUCACGAGGAGCACCGCCACGAGGAGCGCAUCUACGCAUACCCUCAGCACAGACCCUCCACUGCUACCUUCCAGGACACCCGCGUCGAGAUCGACCGCACCCACCGCCCUAACAUCUCUGCCAUUGACAACAUCGAGCGCGAGUACCGUGCCCGUUGCCAGCCCCAGUACAAAGAGGAGACCCGUACCAGGAUCACCGUCGACGAAGCCCAGCACAACCACCACCACCACCACCACCAUCACGAGCCUAAGCGUCCGGUUUUCCGCCAGGACGUUCACAUCGAAGAGACCGUAGAGAUCCCCCGUACCCGUAAAUCCGCCAAGAUGGGUUACUACGACGACGACCACCACGACCAUCACCACCACCACCACCACUCUUUCCGCGAAAAGUUCCACAAGAUGGCUGACCGUAUUGCACACCCAGACCGUGAGAGCAUCGAGAUCUCGGAGAGCCGAGUCUCGCGCGGCAGCUCCCGUGGCCCCCGCGGCGGCGACUACGCGCCCAACACCGUCUCUAUCCCCUGCCACCACAUCCGCCUGGGCGACAUCCUCCUGCUCCAGGGCAGGCCUUGCCAGGUCAUCCGCAUCUCGACCUCGGCUGCCACUGGCCAGCACCGCUACCUUGGUGUUGACCUCUUCACCAAGGAGCUCCGCGAGGAGUCGUCCUCCAUCUCGACCCCCUCGCCCAGCGUGGUCGUUCAGACUAUGAGCGGUCCCGUGUUCAAGCAGUACCGUGUUCUUGACAUGCAGGCCGGCCACAUCGUCGCCAUGACCGAGACCGGCGAUGUCAAGCAGAACCUGCCCGUCAGCGAGCAGUCCAACCUCUACGAGCGCCUUCAGCGCGCCUUUGAGACUGGCCGUGGCAGUGUCCGCGCUCUUGUCGUUAGCGACAACGGCCGCGAGCUUGUCUGCGACAUGGCUGUCCUCCACGGCAGCAGGCUGUAG